AUGGAUAGAAUCAAUGGUUGGUUACCUUUACUGAUGGACAUAGUGGUGGUCCACACGGUGUGGCUGUGGUCUGGAUGUGAUCUGAGUGUUACUGAUGGAGGAGUUGGUGGUGAUGGGCGAUGGGUCUGGUGUCUGAGGCUGGAGUGUGAGUGUGAGGCACAGCCAUCGCUGGUUGGCGGCACAGAUCUCUCUCCUAUGGCUCAGUUCACAGUCGAGUCUAACCCUAACAGCGAGUCCACCACUCAAUCCAUUCAAUCCAUUGCCAGACAGCACAGAGACUCGAGUCAUCACAUCCUAUGUCUGUUCGGUAGCGUAGGCAUAUCGCAGACUGUGUGGCGAACACCUCUACCCAAACACUGUCAGACAAUUGAACACAUGUUGUCUAUAAUGAACGCUCCGCCGGCUUUCGAGUCAUUCCUGCUCUUCGAGGGCGAAAAGAAGAUAACGAUAGAAAAGGACACAAAAGUGCCGAAUGCGGCCAUAUUUACGGUCAACAAAGAGGACCACACUCUCGGAAAUAUGAUCAGAAUGUAUGCCAACAACACAAAUAGAGACCAUUAA